AUGCCAGUGGUCGAAUCUAAUGCUUCCAACUCGGAGGACUACUCUUCAGAAGGCUCUGAGACUGGAUCAGAAGGGAGCAUAGACGCCCCGCCUCCACCGAUUCCCAAAAUUGUUGCUAAUUGGUGGCUAAAUGAAAAUUUGGGAUCAGGGUACUCAGGAUCCAUUUUUAAGGCCACUCAUCUGCACACACAUCAGGUUGUCGCUCUAAAAGUGCAAUACGUAAACCAUGAAUGUCCGACCAAUCGUUAUGAACGCCAUCUAUACCCGUUACUUCAGGGUGGUGUGGGCAUGCCUAAACUCUAUGCAGCCGGUGUGCAAGGCGCAUGGGACUAUCUGGCUAUUGAUCUUUUGGGACCCAGUCUCGAUAGCCUCUAUCGCAAAAGCGGUAGAGAUACUAUGGAUCUGCGCACUGUCUGCUCAAUUGCCAUCCAGCUGAUUAAACGACUGCAAUUUAUGCACCAUCGCGGAGUCUUGCACCGAGAUAUCCAGCUGGGCAACUGUGUCAUUGGUCUCCCGCCGAACGACAAGAUCAUUUACAUGAUCGAUUUCGGAUUCUCCAAGCGCUUUAUUGACCCAUACACAGGACGACAUAUCCCUGAUAUGCCUUCACGGAGAGAUGACUUGGAAGCUGCUGCGUUGAUGUUCAUCCACCUUUUGACACCACGAGGGCUCAGCUGGACAAGGAAUGGCGUACCAAAGACAACUGAUGCACAUAAUCGCCUCAAAGCUGAGAAGCGAAAGGCCACGCCCGAACAUCUUUGCAGAGGCCUUCCUUCAGAAUUCGAAGAAUUUUUAUCGUACACACGGAGACUGGCCUUCAAAGAAACACCGGACUAUGAUCUAUGGGCGAACAAGUUUAGAGAACUAGCGAUUGAUGAAGGUUUCAAGAACCCGGAAGACUUUAUAUGGCCACCGCCGCCCAUGCCCGCUGCCUCUGCGAAGACGAUCAACACGCCCCUUAGGAUGAGGACACCUGCGAUUCCUCGGGAUGAGAUGGCCGACAUCCUCAACAACCUUACAAAUCUCAAUCUGGGGGCACAGCCCAUAUUAGGUGACCGGACGAACAUCCAGGAGGCCCUUCGAAGAGCGAAAGAGGAUGCUCAAUUUGACUCGACAACAGAGUUAGAGAAACAAAGGACGCAGUCAAAAGAUACGAUUGUGAUCAGCAGUGAUUCGGAAAGCGGGCCUGCGCCUAUACGCUACCAGGCGCCCAAGGCGCUUCGACUCAACCAACUAGCAAGGCGGGGGUUGAAUGCGACCGACAAUGCAGCGCUGUCGAAGCUGGUGAAGGAGUUUGUGGAUGUACUGCAGAUGAAUAGCUCGAGGACAUUGACAAGGGAGGCAUUUACAUUUUUGGAUGUGUUGUAUAAACAGCUGGACGAUCCUUCAGUAUUUGUGACGCCGCAAAGACACCAGUCGUUCAAUGAGCAGGUGCCCGAGAAGGAGCCAGCCCAUGUUAAAUUGGGAGUUGUUGCGCGACUAAGGCGGGAAGUGAUGUUGGUUCAAAGCAACAAAGCGCUGGCCGCUCUCGUUGCUGAUUUUGCCAAAGUUACGAACAAGAGCACUGGCCGGACAGUAACCAAGGACGGAUUCGCAUUUCUUGAAGGUUUGUCGGAGCGAUUGAAAGCGCUUCAAUGA